AUGGCUGCGUCUUCAGGUACCGAGAAGGAGAAGGACCGGCCGUGUGGCAACUUAGGAGCAGUAGUUGGUAACAGCACACGAGAGCGGCUGCUGUCUGCGCUUGAAGAUCUGGAGGUUUUGUCAAGGGCCGCGCUCAGGAGACUCCGAUGUGAAUUCCCAAAGAUAGUACACGAGUGUCGUGCAACAGCUGUUUAUCAAGCAAAAGAAAAACUCAAAUCAAUAGAAAAAGCAAGAAAAGGUGCUAUAUCCUCUGAAGAAAUCAUUAAGUAUGCACACAGGAUUAGUGCAAGUAACGCUGUGUGUGCCCCACUGACCUGGGUUCCAGGAGACCCGAGGAGACCAUACCCAACGGAUUUGGAGAUGAGAAGUGGGCUGUUGGGUCAGAUGAACAAUCCUUCCACUAAUGGUGUGAACGGGCAUUUGCCUGGGGAUGCACUCGCAGCAGGCAGAUUGCCAGAUGUCCUUACUCCACAAUAUCCAUGGCAGUCCAAUGACAUGUCAAUGAAUAUGUUACCACCAAAUCACAGUAAUGAAUUCCUGUUGGAACCACCUGGGCAUAAUAAGGAAAAUGAAGAUGAUGUAGAGGUUAUGUCAACAGAUUCCUCAAGCAGUAGUAGUGACUCUGAUUAG